CUGAACUACGUCGUUGACACAAAAUUGAGCCAGCAGCACUUUGACUUUUUGCUUGACGUUUUGUCCUGCGUAUCUGCGUAUCACGUAAUUUCGUGCACCUUUCAAUUGAAUUAAAUGCGACCUGAGCCACGAAGCACAGUGUUUUUCGGGUUUUGAGUUUGAUGAAGCGCUAAGCCUCCUGGAAUUCCACAGUACCCAUUUUAUUCGACAAUGAGCAGACAACAACAUGGUCUUUCUCCAUUUUCUGUGCCACUUCACGUGCAUUUUAUUGCCAAAGUUUUGCCGGUCAUGUCCUGCGGAGUUGUCAUGUGCGGAUAAUCUAUACAUAUAUAACAUUUUAUGAUUACAAUGCAGAUUGCUAUUUAAGUGUUUAAGUGUUUUUUCAAUCGAAUAAUUUUGAAAAUUGAUUUUUAAUUGGCGCUCUAAACGUAUGCCGAUAGUUUUUACCUCAAUUGAAAAUAGCAAGGCAUGGCGAGAGGUCUUGUAAUUGGAAUUUGUUGGACUUUACUAUGGUCAAUAUUCGUAGCUGGAGAUUUUCAAUUGCAAAAUGUGAUUUGCGAGUCAUUUGACAACGCGAUUACGAACUUCAGCCGCUGCGAGAUGAAGUUCAUUCGAAGGGGCGUGGCUGCCUUCUAUAUGGUUUGGAAACUUUACAAUGUGCCAAUCAAGAGCGUGGACAUAAAUGUCGCAUUGUACAAGAAAUCGAACGGAUAUCGACCAUUUCUCUUUAACCAGACCCUGGAUUUUUGCUACUACAUGCGGAAUCCGCGAGCUCAUCCAUUGAUCUAUAUGAUGCACAAGGUAUUUAUGCAAGCAUCCAACAUAAAUCACUCCUGUCCAUAUGAUCACGAUUUAAUAAUCAAUGAGUUUAUCUACAAGAAGAACGACUUGAAAGAUCUGCCCAUACCGAAUGGCGAUUACAUGAUAAGAGUGAAAGUGGCAUUUGACAAGGAAUAUCGAACAUCCAUCAAGAUUUACGCAAAGAGAACGGAUUGACAUUAAGUUGAAAAUUGAAAUUUCAUAUUUAAAAUUACUAUUAAACUAGAAUAUACUAACCUGUUAAUUCACUCAAUAUAACCAUAGCUGAAGAAUAAACAAAUGUUCUAUUAAAAGCUU